CUCGUGCAAUGUGACCAGGCGAAGCAAUUGAUGCCACCGCCGCGCCUCUUACGAUCUCUGCGGCCAUGUCAUCCCCCAUGGAGCUCUCUCCAGGCCCGCUGGGUGUCCGACCGGCGCCUCGACCAGCUGCACACGCUGCGCGGUGACCCUCCAGUGCGCUCGAACUCGCAGCAUGAUGCGCAGCAAUCAACAACGCAAGGCCCGGGAGCUUCCUCCCAGAACCAGCAAGCGAACGCGGCCGCUGUCAAGUCUCAGGAAUCACACGUGCAGACAAGGACUACUUGGUGGGGUUCGGUCGUCAGCACGGUAUCUUCCCUUCUCUCAAAGGAACCUUCGCUCGGCUCCGAGAAUACGUCGCGAACAUCGAUCCCAGAAACCGCCCCGAGGACCCGGCAAGCCCGCUUCUGCAAUGUCUGUGGAGAGACGUUCAAAAGCGAACUUGAAUUCCAUCGCCACAUAGUCUCAUCGGACAGCUCGCCGUGCUGUCCGGCUGUCUUCCCUUCUUCGGAGGCAGCCGACGUUGCGAGCCAGAGAUACAAGAUGAGGAUUGAGAAUAAGCAAGCGAGGACAAGGGAUCGACAACGAAAAGAUUCAGUUGGUGAUGGAAAGCAUGUCAAAGCAGAGAAAGAUCCUGACGAGGUUCUAUCCUUACCACGUACCGUCCCCGAGAGCAGACAGCAAUCGACGGAUGGGCAGGGUCCAAAGCUCAGAAUCAAGCGGUUCCUCACGUACAAGGAAUCAUUCAUCCCGAAGGACCCUCAACUACAUGGGAGCAUGCCCCUGGGUGGAUCAACCGAGCCCACGGCCAGCGGCUCGCCCAAGACCGGUGCAGAUGAGGCAUUCACUCCAGAUCAACACCUAGAUCCAAACAUGCCCACUUUAUCAAACCACAUAUCCAAGCCCGACUAUCGAGAUGUAAACUUGACGCAGCAGAUACAACAAUUAGCCGAGCAAGUGAGGCUCUUGCAGGAAAAGCUGGGUUCUCUGCCCGCAUUGAGCACUUCGAGCAACUUGAGCCAGGCAAGUGCCGUGGACUCUUUAGCGCGCAAAAUCCGUAAUAUCUUGGCGAAUGCUAGUAAUCGACAUCGAAUGUCGACGAAAGCUCUUGUUCUAGCGCUCAAAGACCUUGACGCUAUGUCGUCACCCCGAAUCAGGUCGAUUACAGACAGGAUCCGCCAACAGUUGCAGCUGAUAGAGAGCGAGGCGGAUUUGAAAAAUGACUAUCGCUUACGGAAGGUAUUGGAAAUAUAUCACAAGCACAACCUGUUGCAUGCUGGGUCCCACGGCGCCCGAUCAUCCGAGGGGCCCUAUCUAUCAGAAAGGGCGGAGGUGCCAUCCAAGAAAAAUCCAGCACAGAGGGAAACGUUCCCUGAGCACCGCUUGAGCUUGGCAACGAUCGACCCAUCUUCUCAACGAACGCAAAUGGAAGAAGACUGGCAGCAGGUGCCUCGCUACUUCCGAUAUUACCGUACCACAACUCUUGGUCCUGAAGCGGAACCAUUGCAACAAGCAAGGAACGUCGCCAGAGCUUCAGAGACUGAGAAUCCGUCGAAUAUUCGUGAGCGGGCGGGACAAAGCGGCUCAUUAUCCCCCAGCCUGCCACAUCCACUGCCCAAUGAGAGGGAGGCUUUCCCUGUUCAACAGUCGAGCUUCAUUCCAUUUGCGCCAACAAAGGCUCAAAGCCCAUGGCAUGGAACCCCAGGAGAAACUAAGAGCAUCUCGCCAACAAUAUCCAAUGAAGAAAGGGAAAGCGCAAAAGAAUCAGGUCUGUCCGAUGUCGCCGCCAUUUACGAGACCACACUUGAAAACAAAAGUGACAACCAGAGGCUCAUUAGACAGAUUCACACGCAAGCGAGCCUGAUGAGGCCGUUUGAUCCCUCAAACCCGACAUCAUCAAGCUCUGAAAUCGCUACGUCAGAAAGAGGAUCAUUAGAGAAUUCCGCGGCACAUGUGUCCUCUGCGGAACCCACAGCUCCUGCGACUGGCGAGGUCAACGAGCAAUCACUCCUAGAAGAGCUCUUUCCGGAAGCAAGCAGCUACAUUCAACCGCACUACUCUAGACGAAAUCCUUACCCCAAGCUCGACCCGCCGAGUGCCGUUCCUGUAAUUCGACGCCAGGUAUACGAUGCGCCCAAAUCUCGACGCGACCAAGUCAUCGAGUCUUUCCAAAAGCAUAGUGAACAAGUCACGGCACUCCAACUCCUGCACUGCAGUACCGAGCUCACAGAAGCUGACUUUCGCCGGCUCGUCCCCAAGGGACAGCACAUCGAAUCUUGGGCAAGAGACGGCGAAUUCUAUAAGAUCAUCCCCGGACGCGAUCCAUUGAGCUUAGAAAGACUUCCUUUCUACUACCUGCUGUUUAAGUCUCCAGAGUCAGCUCUCGCAUAUCAGAACAACGUCGUCCGUUUACACAAACUAAGCCAGUUACACCAACCGAGCAACAUCUUCUCUGCGAUACCGCCGCCGAAAGGCUUCCUUGAAGAUGGCGAAGACAUCAAUCUCGCCACCUCCUCCUACCUGCUCAAGCCCACAGGCCUACCUCUGAGCCUAAACAUGGUUAUGCAGCCGUACAAUGCUGCUCUCCGCACCCUCGUCGACCAAGGCGGUUAUAGACCCAUCGUGCCCUCCUCGGGCGAGGAACGUCCGCAGGUUUGGAAAGUGCUCAUGCACAUUGAAGGUUAUGAGCCUUCUCAGUCGGAUCUGUAUCAAUUAAUCUCUCAAGAUGCUCAUGCCCGAGGCAUACAAUGGCCAUUCCAUAACGAACAGUCUGCGAUCCACCGACUCCGCGACAUAGUCAACCUAAAGUCUAGGAUGCUCCCCGUAUCCUCGGCGAACCCGCGAGCAGCGAACCCGGACCGUCACUUUUCGCAUCACCUCACGAACGAUGAUCCGUCUCUCAGUUUUCUGGCACCGCCACAGCAUGGAGAGCAUGAGAGCGCAAUGCAAAUCAAUCAGAUGGUGAUGAAUCGGGUGUACAAUCGCUGGGUCAUUGAGUUCGAAGAGGAGGAUGCGGCUCGCAGGUUUGCGCGCAUGUGGCAUCGGAAACCGUUGCCUGUAAGCAAGAGCUCGAAGCAUGUUACUUGGAGGGAUGUUGAGGAGGUACGGAUGUGUAACGCGGAGUUUCUGUGGUGAAGCCGUGAUGAAAACGCACCUGUAUGAUAUGUACUAUUCGUAUGGUUCGUAGGGCAGCAUUAUAUAUGCAUGGUCACGGCCCCAAGAUGCGUGGCUGUCCUUUC